CGAAUAUAGUUGCAAUCCUAACCAUCAAAAUAUGAAUAAUAACAUGGUAGUUGUCCUAUUUCAUUUAAUUCUGGUCCUAUUUGGCUUUGUUUCGGGGCUAAAAGAUCCCAUUUGUGCACUUAAGCCAGCCUCUGAUGUCUUUUACGUAAAGUCUUGCUAUAACAGUAGCCGCCAGUUCUCAUAUUAUGUGGAUAAAAAGGAAUGUUUGGACUUUGUUUACAGUGGCUGCGGUGGUAACGCAAAUAGGUUUGAGAGUAAGUCGAAGUGUGAGGAUAAGUGUAAGGAAUGAAUUGUCAGAAUAAAAUAUUCAGAAAAGA